AUGCAAGAAAACACAUGUACUGUCCUAGAAACAGGCACGCAGAAGAGCAAGAGAAGACUGAUUGAUAGCUAUGGGUAUAUCUAUGUUGGAAAGAGAGAGAACACCAAGCAGACUAACUGGAGAUGUAGUGUCCGCAAUAAGAAGAACAGCUGUCCUGCUACUGCCACUCAGAAGGGAACAAGCUUCACACCCAGUGACAAGCCUCACAACCAUACAAGCAUCCUGAUAAAAGAGGACGCCACAAAUGAGUUACUCAAGUCAGCUGCGACUAUUGUGGAGGAUGCGGUUACAACAAUAGUGGAGCCAGAUGCUCCAAGUGGAGCUAGAGAGAACAUGGAUCAGCUGACAAGGAUUGCUAAUAGAGCGCGGGAAAGGAAUAGACCCAAGGAUCCACAGGAUUUGGACUUUGAGAUUUCCACCACAUUUAUCCCUGUGGGCUCCUUGAAAGCAGACCUGACAAACAAGAGCCUAAGGCACCUUAUCCUGGCCACAGACCGUCAGCUGUUACAACUGAGUAAGUCCAAACAAUGGUUCUUGGAUGGAACCUUCAAGGUGGUUAAACGGCCGUUUUACCAACUCCUCUCAGUGCAUUCCUUCGUGCGGUCAAAGCAGGAUGUGAAAAUGAUGCCGUUAGUUUUUGUAAUAAUGUCCUCACGAACAAAAUCUGACUACGUCAAAGUUUUCAAUAAACUGCUUGACCUGCUGCCAGUAGCACCAUCUGUGGAGUCUAUUGUCAUUGAUUUUGAGGCUGCUGCAUGGGGAGCCCUGAAAACGGUGAUGCCAGAUGUGAGACUCCGUGGGUGUCUGUUCCACUACACCCAGGCAGUGUGGCAUACAGAGAAAAGAAUCAAGUUUUUCGAUUUAUUCAGAAACUGA